GUUUUGCUCUUUUGAUCAUCAUCAUCAGAGUGGUGGUAAACUAAGGCCAUUUGAGAAGACUGUAGGUGCAGGAAAAUGUUGUUAGAGCUUUGAGGCUGACAGCUGAGGGACCAUUUCUGCAGAGCUCACAAGGCCAAAUGUCUGUGGCCAUGUGUCCUGUAAGCAGCCCCCAGUGAGCAGAGAAAUGGGCUGUGGGAAUGGCACUUGCUGAGCUCUGGUGUCCCAUCCCAAGGCAGUUUGGCACAGCCUGGCUCUGUUGCUCCAAAAAGAUUUGCUCAGUGUUUGCUGUGCUCUCCUGCCACAGAGCCCUGCAGUUAAAGCUCUGCAAUGUCACUUCAGGUGGCCAUAAAGAAAAUGAGUCUCAGAGAGCAGAAUAGGGAACGAGCUGUGAAUGAGAUCCUGGUCCUGAAAGGAAAGAAGAACCCAAACAUUGUCAACUCUUUGGACAGCUUCCUUGUUGCUGAAGAUGUCUGGCUGGUGAUGGAAUACAUGGAUGGAGGAACUUUGCAGGACAUUGUCAGACAGACACGCAUGGCUGAAGGAGAGAUGGCAGCUGUCAGUCGGGAGUGUCUGCAGGGCCUGGAUUUCCUCCAUUCCAACCUGGUGAUCCACAGAGAUCUGAAGAGCUCCAACAUCCUUCUGGGAAUGGACGGCUCUGUCAAGCUGGCUGAUUUUGGCCUCUGUGCUCAGCUCAGCCCUGAGCAGGACCAGUGCAGCUCCAUGGUGGGCACUGCUCACUGGAUGGCCCCAGAAGUUGUGACCAGUUCUCCUUAUGGACCCAAGGUGGACAUCUGGUCCUUCGGCAUUGUGACCAUCGAGAUGGUGGAAGGAGAACCUCCUUACUUCAGGCAAACAGGGGCUAUGGUAAGAGGCAAAUUCUGCAGUGUUUGCAGAGCCUGUGAGCACAGGGGUGACCCUGCCUUGGGAGGAGCAGCUGGAGGUUUCUGCACAUCGGGAAGGGAUUUCCCAGAGGACUCGAGCCUGAACACAGAUGAAUAUUCCGCAGUUUUCCAGCAACAAUUGGCUUUGGGUUUUAAGUUGUUGCAUCUCUCUUGUCCCUAAGGAUGACCUGAAAAU